GGCGCAGCCCCCUCCUCGGCUCCGUCAGGGCAGGGUACGGAGGCCGACCGGCGGCGGCGACGAUGAUGGAGGCGGUGCGCGCCCAGCGGCUGCAGCCCGGGGUGGGGACGCUGCGCUCCCUGCGCCCCGGGGUGACCGGGGCCCCCGCGGUGGCUGCCUCGGCCCCUCCGCCCCCCGCUCCUCCCCCGCUGCCGGCGGCGCCUCCGGGGCUGGGGCCGCCGCCGCCUCCUCCGGGGCUGCCGGGCCCGGGGGCCUCGCCGGGCGGAGCGGGGCCCCCGGCCGUGCUGCGCGAGGCGGUGGAGGCGGUGGUGCGCAGCUUCGCCAAGCACACGCAGGGCUACGGCCGAGUGAACGUUGUGGAAGCUCUUCAGGAGUUCUGGCAGAUGAAGCAGUCACGUGGUGCUGAUCUGAAAAACGGAGCCCUGGUGGUGUAUGAGAUGGUCCCUUCCAACAGCCCCCCUUAUGUCUGCUAUGUCACCUUGCCUGGGGGGAGCUGCUUUGGCAGCUUCCAGUUCUGUCCGACCAAGGCGGAAGCCAGGAGGAGCGCUGCGAAGAUUGCGCUAAUGAAUUCUGUCUUUAACGAGCACCCCUCCCGGAGGAUCACGGAUGAGUUCAUUGAGAAGAGUGUCUCGGAAGCCUUGGCGUCUUUCAACGGUAAUAGAGAAGAAGCCGAUAACCCGAACACUGGAAUUGGUGCUUUCCGUUUCAUGCUGGAAUCCAACAAGGGAAAAUCAAUGUUAGAGUUUCAGGAGCUGAUGACAGUCUUCCAGCUGUUGCAUUGGAAUGGCAGUCUCAAAGCUAUGCGAGAGAGGCAAUGCUCGCGACAGGAGGUGCUGGCUCACUAUUCGCACCGUGCUCUGGAUGAUGAUAUAAGGAACCAGAUGGCCAUGGACUGGGUGAACAGGGAGCAGAGCACCCCAGGAGCCCUUUCCAGAGAGCUGUCCUCGACGGAGAGGGAGCUGGAUGAAGCCCGACUGGCUGGGAAAGAGCUGCGUUUCCACAAGGAGAAGAAAGACAUCCUGAUGCUGGCAGCUGGCCAGCUGGGGAGCAUGCACUCCUCCAACUGCUAGACUCUGCACGCAAACUGUCCAGCUUCCCCAUGCCUACUAACAAUUCCACAUUGAAGGGAUCUGUACCGUAUCACUUAGGGCAUAUAGCUGCCUCUUUUUCCAGAGUCAUGGCCCAUUUGCACAUUUUUUAAGAAGAUGUUUUUAAAAGUUUCUGUACAAAUUUUUACACUUAGUACUAGCCUUUAGAUUACUUUUCAGCUUCCUAUCUGCUAAAGAAUUCCUUCUUUUUAAAAGUGCAUUUUAAAAAAAAAUGCAGCCUUUCAGUGUUAACACUACUCGAAAGACCUCCAUCCAACCCAGGUACUGUACAGAUGACCGUAUUCAAUGGAAAUGUAGCAAUUCCCCAGGGAGAUCUGGAUUUGAAGAGAUCCAGAAGGCAUGUUACGCAGAACUGCCUUUCCUCCUGCUUUUGGUCAAACCCUUCUGCCUUUUGAAAAGCACAGCAUCUAGCAAUAUGUUCUGCUCUUUGUGCUAGAAUUUAUGCUCCAGUGGAGAACACCUCAAAGCACAUGCAUGGAGUUUCGGAUCUGGGAUUUUGAUUUGCGCCAUUAUAGAAAUAUGGGGUCAGUCUACAAGGCUAUCAUCUGCAUCUGAGAUCAUAUUUAAAACUCCACAAAGUGUUAUGAGAUGGGUGUUUGUAUCUGUUUUUUGCUUUGAUCUUUUCUCUCUUGUACGUCACCAGCUGACUCUUUCUGUACGUUCAAACUGCUUCCUUAAUACCAAAUUAGAAGACUCUGGUGGUGGUUAAGGGAUUGGCUUUGGUAUUAAGGAAUUGGGCUCAUCUUUUUAAUUAAGUCUGUACUAGAGAGAGCUCCUAGCCGUAAGAGCUCUGUAGUCCCCCUCUUGAAUCCCCUUUGAACUUUUAUGGGACGUGACCCGAGCCUGCACGGGUGGAUAAGCUUGGAAUGCUGUUCCAUGGGCUGACUAGUAGGUGGUGCUCUGAAGUGGACAGUACACUUUCCUAGAAGUCAAGCAUCUUCAUAAGUUAGUCUCAUCUCAGUUGGCUGGGGACGCCAGAGUUCUGAGGCUAUCCUACCGCUGUCUGGUGUCUUGCUGUUUGUCUCCAUGCUAGCAACCUGGCUCUGGGUUGCUUUUGAACAGGAUGUUGAACUAAACCUUUUUCAGGAAGACUUAAAUAAACACUUGCCAGAUAUUUAGAACUGGCUAACAGAAACACUGGGGGAACUGUUCCAGGCAUAUCACCAAAGGCCCUGUGUUUACUACCUUGUUAACCAGAACUGUAUUAACCUCUUGAAGCAGAACCUGGAUCCAGCUGGUCCCCAGCAGUGGAAGGUCAGAUCUGGAUCCAAACCCUAUGGUUCAGUCUCAACUAUACUUUGUUUCUUUUGACCAGCGUAGAGAGAUCUGAACCAAAUUAUAAACAGGGCUGCACCUAGUCUAUAGUGCACUAACUAGUUUAUAAUAUAGGUCAGAUCCGUCUUCAGGUUGCUAAGAACAGUCUCCCUACAUGGUUUUACUCCCUAAAAUGUUUAGAUUACCCAUGCAAAAUAGGUAGCAGUAGGCUGCAAAGGGCUGCAUUUAAUCUCCACUUUGGAACUGCUCUGUUUGUUAUAAUGUUGCUUGAACAAAAGAUUCCUGAAAUGUAAAUCUAUAUAUGCACUAUUUUUUAAAAUUGAUAGAGCCCUGCACUUAGUAUAAAUAUUAGCCCUGUAGUGCAAGUAGCUUAAAAUCAUCCUUUCAAAUACCCAGAUGUUUAUAUCGUUCAGAUUUAUGGCGGGGGGUGGGGGGAUUGCUGGCUUCAGAACAGCAGCACAAAAGGGAAACCCAAUCAAGAGACGACAACUGCAUUCCCAACUCCUCUCUAGGAUCUGCUUGUUCCAGGGAUUUACAUUGAGCUUUCCUAACAGGCUAGGCACUCAGUUGUGAACUGUUUCUUAGCUACCUAACUGCCCUAAGAGAGUUGAAAGAAAUCUAUGGGGGUUUAUCCAAUCUGCCCAAGUAGAAACCUCAUGUUCAGAAAUAGUUUGUGGAUAUCUGUCAUGGACAGAAAAACUGCAGCUUUGUGGAGAUGGGGCAGCUGCAAGCACUGUUUUUAUCAGGCCAUAUUUACUGAAGAUGUAAUCAAAGCACAACCAUAGAACUACGUGAUCGUUGGUUUCUACACAGUUGUUGGAGGGGACAGGGGGAAGGAAGGGGUUGUUAACACCUUGGGCACCCCUUCUUAUCGGCCCUCAAAUGAUUCCAGUCUGAUAAGUUCUCCUGUGCACAUAAAUGCCAGUACAAUGCAAGCCAGGGAUUAAUUGCUCUGGUUACAAACUGAAAACAUUUCACUGCUUGCACCGGGGAAAAAAAUGGAAAGUCAUUCCAGCCCAGACCAUCCUAGUCCCUGGAUUUCUGAUCUUUUUGCAUCUCUGUGACAAAUCUAAUGGGCAUUAGGGAGCCCAUAUUUCAUAUUUUGCUGUGGGGCCUUAGCCCAAACUUGCAUUUUGAUCAAAGAUCCAGAAUCAUUUGGUUCUGCGGAGUUAAAACUGAAUAUUAAUGCACAAAAACAAAAUCGUAGUUUGUAAUAUUCCCAAUAGGAAGUCAUACUCUAUAGUGUUUCCUGUUUAUGGCAAUAACUCUUUAGUCUGAUCUUUCAGAUCAUAACUACCAAACCUUUUUUACCUUUUAUCUAGUGACUUGUAGAUUUUGUAAGCCUGCUGUGCAAGGCAUUUAUUUGCAAGGAUGUGGAACUCUUUAAUCUCGCAUCCUGCUUUGUGGGGGCUUGCUAGUGUCUGAUUAGUUUUGUAAAGGAAAAGUUACAGUAUUGGGCCGUCACUAGCAAAGUCUGAAUCUAUUUUUGUGGUGACAUAAAUGACACAGGGAUUGAUGGAGCUGGAUGCCAUGGUACAGAAAGUAUCUGUUAGCUACGCCCGCACUGUAAUGGUACCAGUUUUAAGCUUGAUUGUAGGCCAGUCAUCCAAGGCCUUUGUCAUUUUAGAGUCUUCCUUUACAAAGUAGGGGAAAAACUAAUGUUUUGUAAAACAUCCACGUGGUACAUUUUCUAUACUAUUUGAUUUGCAACAUGUAGUGUGCAGUGCAAUAGAUUUGCUUGUAAUUCACACAAAAUGUCAAUCACUAUCUCUUGGCUUAUGAGCCUUUUCCUCUAGUCAGCAUUGAAGAGGCAGGAGGCCUCAGGCGGUGGGGGGGAAAAGGGGGGUAACAGUUGAGCACUCUGUACAGUAUUUCAUAUUCUCGAUUCACUAGUGUAGUUCAGGUUAAACAGCCAGCUAGAGCACAUGUCUCCUAGCCAAUGCAGUCUAACAAAGCAAUGAUUUGCUGAUGCACUAAAUAAUCUUCCUCAAAAGCCUUUUCAGUGUAUAAUCCAGAAGAGCUGAUGGGAUCUCUUGUGGGAUCUUCAGUCAAAGGCUGUCUUUUAAAAAAAUGUAUUCUGCCGCUUUGGGCUCUUUGUGGAUCUCUUCUCAUGUUGGCUCUUAGUGUCUCACUAAUUGAAACUGGUCUCUGAGGUCCCACCCCGGAGCAGGAGCCUGCCACCUCUCAACCCCGCUCCAUCUUUCAAAAGAAGCCUCUUGCAGAGGAUGUUUCAACUAGUAGCAUGUGGAUAUUGAAGCAAUGUUAUCACAAGAGGGAGCUCAAGAAGAAACUGCAUUAUUCUCAGACCUUCUAGUGCUGUAUUCCAGGCCUAACAAGCCUAUGUCUGAUGGUUUUAUAUGUAUAUAUAUUUUAUAUGCAGCCUUUUUACCUGAUAGUAUUAACGUUUAAUGCAUUUAUAAACUUGAUUUGUAAAUGGUAUUUUUAGUUCUUGGGGUGUUUUUUAUUUUUUUUAAACAGGUUGGUUUCUUGGUUUCUGGACCGCUACUGAGACACUUCAUGCUGUUUCUAGAGAAAGGAAAUGAUUGAGUCUUAACUUUCUUCUAACAUUUCCACUUGUGUGGAGAGUUAAAAUAAAUAAUGUGACACUGACUUGUCUAAGGACCUAAUCCUGCAAAUGCUUAAGACCUCGAGAGAGGUGGUGUUCACAGCAUUGGAACCCGAAGUGUGCAUCUCCAGAAAUGAUGCUCCCUGAGUUGGACACCUUCCUCCCACAUUGUUUGGUGCAGGGCAGAAUCUGGACCUAGACUUCAGUUCAUCUGUUUUGGGUUUUUUUUUUAAAUGGCUUUUCUGAAUCAGUGUUAACCUUACUGUCUGACACAGGGUGGUGCUGCAGAAGUCAAAUUGCAUUAGAAAUUUCCUCACUUAUGCAGACAUAGGCUGUAUUCCCUUUGACAGCUGAAUAAUCACUCUUCCCCUUCUGAAGUCUGGUACUUCAGCUCCCAGCAAGCACAGGAAGUUUCUUAAGGUCUGUCUGCUCCCCAUUUCAGUGCUAAUUUUGGACCUUUUGAAGAUGUAUUUAUUUGCUUAUGUGAGACGUUAAUGGUUCUCCACUAAAACCAGAAACCCUUACUCUACUCAAAUCAUCAGCACAGUGUUAUACUCUGAAUAAUAAGGAAUACAUUUCAGAUGCUUUUUGGUGCCGUUAAAAAAUUGCAAGCAACCCUUUGAAACAAACAUAAGGAUUACAUGGUUUCUGUGCUCAAAGGCUAAUUCUUUUUAAUGGGAUUUCUUUGCAAUAGGAGAGGCAUAUAAAAAUAUCAUACAUAGUAGUUUGUUUAAAGGGUGAUAUGUUCACGUAUAUCAGCCAUGUCAAAUUCUACUCAUCCAUUCACAUGGUGAAUCUUCUUCCAGGCGAGUUAAACAUCCCUAGUUUAACCAAGGUAAGGGAAGUUUGGAAAGGUCUGGGCAGGCUCUCACUUUCAUGACUGUUGUGGAGGUAGUUUUUUAUAUUUAUAUAAUAAAAUCUGUUAUAAGUAGAGCCACACCAGAGGAUUUACCUGUUUCUGCUAAGCUAGCAGUCUGUCUAAUACUGUGAACUAGCUAGAGCUCUGGCAUCUCAUUUGCAAACACUCCAAGAAUUGAUGCAGAGCUAUGGGACAUUGCCUCGUGCCUUUUUCUACUGGGGUUAGAGAAGAGGGUUUCCUGGGCAGGACCCAGUAUAGCUUUAGUAUAAAUAGCAACAAAUGUCUGAGUGUCUUUCCUGUGUUCCUACCCCCGCCUUCUAAUCACAAGUUGUCUUGAAAUCUCUAUCCACCAUGAGCUUCAAGGGGAAAUUUUGGCUUUUGAUCUAAUCCGUAGUACCAGCAUUAUUAAUAUACUGGCUUCCUAAGCAUCCAGUAUCUCUUCUUUCCUGCCUUCAUGCUGUAUAUUCCAAAUCAAACACUACAGUAAGAUAAAUCACCUUUCACAUGUUGUCUCUGCCUUUGUUCCAUUGUAUCAUAUAAUGUUCAGUACUUCACAUGUGAUUUGUAUGUAUAAUUUUAUACAAUAAAAUUAAUUUUUUUGAGGA